UAAUGCAAUUUUUUGUAGUUUUGCGUGCACGCCGACAAGCGUCAAAUGCUGCAGGACCUGACAGUUGCGCUUCAGCAGCAACCGAGCGUCGCGCAUGUCUUGUGGGAGCUGUCCGGGUGCAUAGCGAGUGCUUGCAAUGCCGACGGUCAUCGACUCUAUCUGCCAGAUGGCCCUGAUGGAUCACGCUUGAGGCCCUAUUUUGGACAAAUCAAUGAUGGGGAUUGUGAAAGCCUGGACAAAACCGAGCAAGCACCAAACUUGGUUGGCAAGAUGAAGCAGCCUAUGAGAAUGUCCAGAGGAGAUGCUAAUUUUCCACAUAAAACAAGCGGCGAGGUGUGCCAUGUCCUUCUAGAGCCGGUGACACAGCCCGACGGGGAGCUCAUAGCCGUGCUGGAGUUAUGGCGAGGUGCGGGUGGAGGUCAGUUCUAUGAGGAGGAUGAGGAGAUAGCAAACUCCUACCUGGUGUGGGGAGGGAUAGCGCUGCACUAUGCCAGGCUAUAUGUGUCCAUUGAGAAGCAGCGCAAGCUCAGCGACUUCCUUCUAGCUGUUGUCAAGUCUAUAUUCCAGGACAUGGUGAGCAUGGACAGUCUUGUGACGAAGAUCAUGAACUUCGCACAGCGGCUGGUCGACGCCGACCGGGCGUCGCUGUUCCUGUUGGACGGCAAGAACCGCGAGCUGUACGCGCGCAUUUUUGACGUCAGAGGUCAUGAGUCGGAGUGCGACGACAGUGAUACCAGUGGAGCCAACUCAACCACCACCGCCACCACUAAACAACAGGCCGCUGUCAACGAGAUCAGAUUCAGCGUGGCGAAAGGCAUAGCAGGCCAGGUGGCUAGGACGGGCGAAGUGCUGAACAUAGUGGAUGCCUACUCGGACCCGCGCUUCAACCGCACAGUCGACCAAUUGACCGGAUACAAGACGACCAACAUCCUCUGCAUGCCCAUAUUCAACCGGGGCACUGUUAUCGGAGUCGUUCAGAUGGUCAACAAGCAUUCUGGUGCUUUCAAUAAGGAAGACGAGGAGGCAUUUCAGACAUUCGCAGUCUAUUGUGGGCUGGCCCUGCACCAUGCUAAACUCUACGAUAAGAUUAGAAGGUCGGAGCAGAAGUACAGGGUGGCAAUGGAGAUAUUGGGCUACCACAACACAUGCAAUGAGUCUGAGUUCAAAAAGUUCAAAGACAAACAGCUACCCGAUCAUAUACCUGGCAUCGAUGAGUACCACUUCAGUGUGUUCAAGUCGGAUGACGAUGACAAAGCGUUGAAUGCGAUCUACAUGUUCAAAGACCUGUUUGGCUUGAGUCGGUUUAACGAGGACAGCCUGAUACGAUUCACACUGACAGUGCGCAAGAACUACCGCCGGGUGCCCUACCACAACUGGACUCACGGCUUCUCGGUGGCCAACUCCAUGUAUGCCAUCAUCAAGCACACCAAAGGCCUGUUUAAUGCUAAUGAGGUAAGUAGAUCAAUACGGAAUGUUGAUUGGUUUGGAAUGUUGAUUGCUUUGGUUUGUGUUGAAGAGCAGCAAGGACACAACAUCUUUGGCGGCCUGUCGAGUGCCGAGUACAAGCAGGUAUUGGGCUGCCUCAAGCACUGCAUCUUGGCCACAGAUCUGGCUCGCUUCUUCUCCUUCAAGGCACGCUUGCAACGGCUGGUUGACGACGGACAUUUCUCGUGGGUCAACUCGGAGCACAGGUCACUAAUACAAGCGAUAGCAAUGACUGCCAGUGAUCUCUCAGCGUCUGCAAAGCCGUGGACUGAUCAAGUGAAGACAGCCCAAGUCAUUUUCCAGGAGUUCUAUGAACAGGGAGAUGCAGAAAGAGAAGCCGGUAUUACGCCUAUGCCAAUGAUGGACCGAACCAAACCUGAGUUGCAAGCUAGUUCACAGGUUGGAUUCCUGACCAGUAUCUGUAUACCUUGCUACAGUCUGUUGCACAAACUUGUGCCAGAAACGAAGCCUCUGCUGGACCAAUGUAGCGCCAACCUCGAGCAAUGGGAACAAAUAGAAACGCAGAAAAAAGGUGGCGUAGUCACUUAAUAGCCUCAUCGAACUCAUUUAAAGGUUUCAACUGUCGAAAACCACCGAUCAACAACAAAUAUUUUCUAUCUACUAUGUUCGAAGAAUUUUUCGUUGUUGUAAUUGAUUUUCGAUUCAGAAGAAUUGAUACUACGGCGGAAACUUCAACCCAAGAAUGGUAGAUAACGUUUUUAUCUACUUACUUCUCGAUGUUGUAAUAGGUAAAGUGAGAUUCACUCCUAUCCUGUAAGCAUUCCCUAUUUAUGACAUUGAUGUUUCCCAUUCAACCAAUGUUGGCAGUUUUGAGUGAAUCUCAAAACUGUUAUUAUAACCUAUAAAACUCGUUUAUAAGUAGCCUAUUUUCAUUGUUGAGAAUGGAGGAUGCGGAGAAACCUACAGUGUUCCCUUGAUGUUCAAUAUUUUUGAAAAAGUUCAUGUUACCCAGCUGAGAUGGUUGGUUAUUUUGUAAUUAACUUUCUCUAUAGGUAGGGAUACUCCCAUUUUUACUUGUUACCAUUCUAUUGAAAUUGGAAGUUACCCUCUGUUCUAUGGUAAGUUACACGGUAUAUUAUAGAACGUUUUUUUCAGUUAACCCUGAAGGAUAUAGAAAUACUCUCAUUUUUAAUACUUGUCACCAUUGUAUUGCAAAUUGAAGUUACCCUUAAAUAUGGUACUUUAUUAUAGGAGGUUCUUUUCUGUUGAUCCUGGAGGAAAGAAAUAAUCUCAUUUCUUUUUCAAUAGCAUACUUGUUUCCUUUGUUGAAAUUAGAAGUUACUCUGUCCAUUGAUUACUUUACAUUAUUAUAUAGGUUGAUAAUUGAAUUUUGAGAAAAAAUAUGAAAUUGCAAUUAGUCACCCAGAAGUCUCCAGGGUAGCCUAUUCGACAGUAGGCUAUAUUAAUUAGGAUCGUACGAUAGAAUGAAUUUUCUUGGUAACCUUUCUUGCUGAUGAGAAAUAACUAUAUUAAAGUAUAUGCUAUCAUAAUCCUGUUCAUGAGAAAAUGUAAAAUCUGCUAUUUUUCAACUACAAGGAUUUGACUUUUUAAAUUUUAUCAGUCAAGAGAGUUUAUUUUCAACAAGAAAUUGUCAAAAAUCUACUCAUUUGAAAAUACCGUACAGGUUUUUAUUGUUAAUAAUGUUCCGAAUAAUUUUAUGAAUUCAAUCAAAUUAUGUUACCGUACAUAGUAAUUAUUUCCAUAGAUUAAAUCGAAUUAUACUACCGUACAUAGUAAUUCACAUGUUACCUUACAGUGUAGUAAUCUUCAACUUCCACAGUAAAGGAUUAGACUUUGGCCUGUUUCAGUUAUUUUGAAUAGCCUACAUUUAGUUAUAGAUGAGUUGCAGUAUUCAAUUUGCAUAACUUUAUUUACCUCAUUGAACAAUUUAUUGUUAAAUGUCUUUCAGUAUUAAACUUUUGUGAUGGAAAAUUAUGAUUUUCCUCAAUAAAUUAUUAAUGGAAUCUCUUACACAUGUUGAUGUUGUAUAUGGUGCCUUCUUAGUACUAUUGUAUGUAGGCCUAGAUCUGAAUCGUUGUGAAAUGUAUUUAGUAGAGAACCUUUGAGUGUAUGUAUAUUAUGACUGUAAAUAGUAUUUAUUCACCUCAACCACCCAGUCCGUUUCAAAUAAUAUUGAGGUCUUAUCACCAAAGUUAUCUCUCCUAUUCAUCCCAGUCAAUUUGGUUUCUUAUGUUUCAUUAUUUGCAUUCUAAUAUUGUUUUGCAGUCAUCACACAAUGAAAUUGAACCAGAAGACUAAUGUUUUUUGGUGAAUUAAUUAUCAUGAUGAAAAUGAGUGGAAAAUAAAUCAAGAAGAGAAGUAGAGUCACGUGUGAUGUGAGCUGGAAUCAGUGAGUUCAUUUACGUCUAUUUUUCGUUUUCACUUGAGUCGUAGUAGUUGAACUGUUUUACUAAUAUUAUAUUAUUUUUUACAUUUAUUUUGAUGUAUUAUCAGCUUUCAGUUCGAUAUCGUGAAGUAAGUUGGGCUUUAGGAUAAAAUGUAAUGGUUUGAAGUGUUGAACAUUGAACAUUAGUAUGAUUUGACAUUACAUCUAUUAUUGACCGAGCGAAGU